AUCUUUACAUUUCAUUGUAUUCUUUCUUUUCUUUAUUGAGUAUUUUUGUGAUAUUUUUCUGAAUCUCUCAGGUGACUAUUGAUCCUGAGUCCAUGGCCAUCAGCAGGUGGCAGCAACGCGCGUGCGCCGGCAACCACGCACAGGCAGUCCAACCGAGGAAGAAUGGAGACGGUUCGAGGGAAGGUGUGACCAUAGACACCGACCAUCCCAACAAGACUGCAAACACAAACAGGCUCCUCCCACGGCGGCGCGUGCACACAUGUCCGCUCCGGCUGCGACGUUCAGAAGAUGGACGAAGUAAGUCCUCUGCUGGGCAACCGGCUGCAGGAGAGUCCAGAGGUUCUGUCCCCGAACCUGAGACCCAGACAUCAGGACCUGCUCCCCACACCAUGUGGACCGAUGAAGCGAUGGUCAGAGCUGACGCUCACAGCACGCAUCUAUUUCUGCCUGAUCAUGGUGUCUCUGCUGGUGUUGUUCGGCUUGACCGUCCCCACAUACCAGCAGCGCACUGACCCUCACCUGUACAACGAGGACUUUGCGGUUUCCAUCAUCCAGCUGAUGGGAGUGUUGUUCUGCAUUUACUACAUCAGCCGCGGCGUUCUGCAGGAGAACAAACUGGAGCUGGUGGUGUUCGUGCUAAGCCUGCUGGUCGUCAUGGUUCGCUCUCUGAUCAACUUCAUCGUGGUCGGGCCGGAGGGACGGAAAGAGCUGCUGGCUCGCUUCGUGUGCAUCAUGCUCCUGGGCGUCUUCCACAUCUUUGGUACCAUUUUCUUCUUCCUCUGGUCACCCAACACGAUGGCGUUCCGAGUGGGUGGAGCCCUGGAAAGCGUGCAAGAACAUUACUUCCUGUCCAACAUCUGCUUCUCCAUGGUGACCUUUGACCUGCAGGCUCAGCUGUGUCUGUGUAUCCUGAUCACGGCGUCAGAUGGAGGCAUGUCAGCGACGUACACAGCUGUCCUGGCUGUGGGCGUGGCGUGGGCGUGCCUGACGGCGGCGGUCGGGGCCAUCGCUGUUCUAAAGGAAGCCAAAGGUCUGGUCUGGAUCUUCAUGGUCCAGAACCUUCUCCAGCUGGCUUUCUGUGGGUAUCUAACCUACACAGUGGUGAAGAGAUGGUUCACCGACCAGACGUACACCAACGAGGCGGCGGCGGUCUCUGGAUCACUGCUGUCGCUGGUCAUCAAAGCCGUGUUGCUGUGGGGACUCGUCAAGCUGCUGCGGAGUUUCAGACACUGACUCCAGGAGACCGUGUCAGCAUCCAGGAAGUGACGGCGGUGGGCGUCAUUUGUGGAGCUGCAUAUUCAAACCCCAAACAUGUCUGCAGUCGACCUUCUGGCUAAUGCUGAAAUCUUUGUCGAGCUGAACUCCUGUUUCAAUAAAGGUUUUCUAUUCAAAGCA